AUGGAGUACACCGGGAGCCAAUACAUUGGGGAAUUUGUAGAUGGGAGGAUGGAGGGCAAUGCUGAAUACAUCCUCCCUACCGAGACGAGAUAUGUCGGGGAAAUGAAGGACGGCAUGUUUCACGGCCAAGGAACCCUGUACUUCCCCAGCGGGAGCAGAUACGAUGGCAUUUGGGAAAAGGGACUGGCCAUAAAGGGCACCUACACCUUCCCCGAUGGGCUCCAGUAUGAGGCGAAGAACUGGCAUUACUGCGACAGCUACGACCGGAGGUUUUACACCGAGAUCUGCCAUGGCUUGAAGGCUGCAGGUAUCUCUCAACUCACCAAUAUGGACCCACCUCGAAAAAUCCCUGAAGGCUGCUAUGAUUGCGGAGAUGGCUUCUACGACCCCAAAACGGGGGUCAUCAAAGAUUAUAAGAAUCGUUUUCUGCGAAAUGCAGAUGACGAUGAGCAUGAGUGGAUCAUCAGGACGUGUCGGAAAGGCUGGGACGAGAUCGUGGGCCACAGGACCAAGCUGUAA